AUGUCUCUGCUACUUCCAGCAGACUUGAUGAGAACCUUUGGACCUCAACCCUUUUUUUUAUUAGCGGGUGGCGCCCUGUGUAAAAAGGGCGUGCAGGCACUGCUGGAUUUAGGUUUCCACAUACUGAAUUCUCAUCUGCCGUGCCUCCCCGGAUACACAACUAGUAUAGCCAAUACCUGGCUGGCCUCCAUACAGCGGAAUGAUGUUUUCUUUGGUCCGGUUAUAUCUCGGACGUCCUCCCGACCGGGAGUUAAAUUCUCUGAGGUUACAGCAACUACCUCUGGCGCGGCCGGCCUAAGUCCAGCCAUUGCCAUAGCCCAGCAAUACCAUUACGGAAUUACGCGCAGGUCCCUGGGUCAGCAGCCCAAUUGCAAUCGAAGUAUAAUAAUACGCACACACUUCUCACGUUCGAGAUCCGGCUUCAUCCGAUUAUCAAGAUGGCUAUUGAUCUUGUCCAUUCCUCGCUUUCUAAUUGUGUACAGCCACGCCGGCUAUCGUUUACCAGCAGUAAUAUUACUUCUCCUGAAGGUGCUGCGGCAGUGUAGGAUACCCCUCCCGCGCCACUCCCUCCAUCACACUUCACUUUUAUGUUUGUUAAUAGUUCGUAAUAAAUCCAAGCCACACCAUAUAAGUGGUGCUUCCCCUUCCGUAGGCAUCUCGUCAACCUCAUCGAACGCAUCGUGUGUCUCCAUCAUACGGGAAGCUUAUUCAAGAGGAAAGGCUGGAGGAGUGUGGCAACCGAGUUGGGGGAGGAAAUAG